AUGGAGCCGAGUACGGACGCCUAUUCACUCAAGGAGCAUCUUGAUUUUAUGACGGCCAUUUGGAAGAAAUUCAACAGGUAACGCUGAGUCACUUUCAACUAUUCUUUAGGAAAUUUCUUAAAAUUGAAGAGGCCAAAAGAAAGUACAGAUCAAAAGCCCUGCAAGCCGAAGAAGACGGGGAAACAAGUCAUGAAAGUGCGUCCACAGAAUCCGAGUCGUCCGAUGAGACAUCAGACACUACGGACGACAGCGAUAGCAGCGGUGACAGUGACAGCAGUAGUGACACUGACAGUGAUAGCGGUAGUACCACUGAUUCCUCUUCCGCAAGUUCUAAGAAGAAUGUACGUAUUGUUUUUAGCUAA